AUGAUGCUUCAAUCCCUUCGGUCAGGUCCACUCACAAAGGCCAGAAACUAUGCGACGGCCACUAAGCCGGUUGUAAAGAAGGAGGGAAGCAUAGCCGAUGCUUUCAACUCUCUAUCGGGUGGCAAUGCGCCACCCCUACCACUGCGUUUUCGGCAGCUCAAGCAACAAAUAGCACAAGGUCGAGAAGAUCGCAUGAUUGCCAGCUGGCAUCGCUUGCUCGAUGAGUUGCGCCUCGAAUGCGACAUUAUUGCCCGAAAGGGUCCACGGGCCAUACCUGAGAUUGAGUUCAAGGACCUCGCCGGUGACCUCAGAUCUAUAAGAGGAGAGAUCAAGAAGCGCGGCGCUCUGGUCGUCCGAAAUGUCAUUCCUGAAGCUGAAGCGCGUGGCUACAAAUAUGAUCUCGAAGAAUAUAUUCGGCUCAAUCCAAGCACUCGCAAUUUUGAGGGUCAAGUAUUUGAGCUCUACUGGUCACUCCCGCAGCUCAAAGCACGGUCGCACCCAAACAUGGUCGCUGCCCAAUCGACCUUGAUGAGCCUGUGGAACAAGUCGGACGCAAAGGCACCGAUAUCGACAAGUCAAACCUUGAUGUAUGCCGAUAGAUUGCGCAUACGACAACCAGGCGAUGCCAAGUUUGCUCUGGGACCGCACCAAGAUGGUGGAAGUGUUGAGCGUUGGCAGCCAGAAGGUUCAGCUGGUGUCUACGAGAGAAUCUUGCAAGGUGACUGGGAGAACCAUGAUCCUUGGGAUGCCAGUACUCGAGUCCACGCCAACAUCAACCUCUACGAUGGCCUGGGAGCUUGUUCCAUGUUUCGCAUGUUUCAGGGCUGGCUGAGCAUGAGCACCGUGAGCCCGUAUGAGGGAACACUUCUGGUGCAGCCGUUACUCAAGCAUAGCACGGCGUAUACUCUCUUGAGACCAUUCUUUCGCCCAGUCGCCCAGUAUGGCGAUAUUGCGACAGAAGAGUACCUGAAACCCAGUAACUGGCAAUUCAUCGCCGGCGAGGACAUGACGAGCGAGUUACAAGGAGCGACUCCCGGACAGGGCCAAGAGUAUACUGAAUUCAAUCAUCCACACUUGGAAUUGAACCGAACAAUGGUUCAUGUGCCCAAAGUUCGCCCUGGCGACUAUGUCGUAUGGCAUUGUGAUACAAUCCACGCCGUUGACAAGACCCACAAGGGUAAUUUCGACUCGAGCGUCCUAUACAUACCAGUCUGCCCUCUCACAGAAGCCAACGCAAGAUAUGCAGCUACUCAAAGACAAGCGUUCCUGGACGGAACUCCUGGGCCAGAUUUCCCGGGCGGGCUUGGAGAAAGUCAACAUGUACAACGUCCAGAUGUGCAGGAUCUGCGAAGAGUCACUGAUGAAAAUGGCCUUCGUGCCGCUGGCUUUGAAAAGUUGCCGAUUUUGGGUGGUGAUUCACCAGGAACGAUCAGUGUGACUCAAACGGCCAACAGCAUUCUAGGGUUCUAA